AUGGAAAAUAGAAAUAAUGUCACUGUGUUCAUUCUCUUGGGAUUUUCUCAAAACCAGAACAUUGAAGUCUUUUGCUUUGUGUCAUUUUUAUUUUGCUACAUUGCUAUCUGGAUGGGAAAUGUGCUCAUAAUGAUUUCUAUCACAUGCACUCAGCUAAUUAACCAACCCGUGUAUUUCCUUCUCAAUUAUCUCUCACUCUCUGAUCUUUGCUACACAUCCACAGUGACCCCCAAACUAAUGACUGACUUACUGGCAGAAAGGAAGACCAUUUCCUAUAACAACUGCAUGAUACAGCUCUUUACCACUCAUUUCUUUGGAGGCAUCGAGAUCUUCAUUCUCACAGGGAUGGCCUAUGACCGCUACGUGGCCAUCUGCAAGCCCCUGCACUACGCUGUCAUCAUGAGCAGGCAGAGGUGUAAUGCAAUCAUCAUGGCUUGUUGCAUUGGGGGAUUUAUACACUCUGCCAGUCAGUUUCUUUUCACCAUCUUCUUACCAUUCUGUGGCCCCAAUGAGAUAGACCACUAGUUCUGUGAUGUGUAUCCUUUGCUGAAGUUGGCUUGCACUGACACAUACAGAAUUGGUCUCUUGGUAGUUUUUAAUUCAGGUCUGAUUGCUUUGGCAACUUUUGUGAUUUUGAUAGUGUCUUAUUUUCUGAUAUUAUCCUCCAUCAGGGUUUACCCCGCAGAGAGCCGUACCAAAGCUCUUUCCACUUGCAGUUCUCACAUCACAGUUGUGGUCCUAUUCUUUGUGCCUGUUCUCUUCAUUUAUAUUAGACCAGCCACAACUUUUCCAGAAGACAAAGUGUUUGCUCUUUUCUAUACUAUCAUUGCUCCCAUGUUCAACCCUCUAAUUUACACACUGAGAAACAUGGAGAUGAAGAAUGCCAUAAGAAAAAUGUGGUAUCGUCAAUUGUUUUUAGAAAAGAUGUAA